GACCGUUUCUCUCCCCAACCGUGGAUUUCCUAUUACUCUCGUUACGACUCACUGAGCCCCAGGCCCAAGGAUAAUGAUGUGUUGUUUCUUGGUAGCAUAAUUUGUCACACGUACAUUUUUUCUUCUUCUUCUCUUGCAGAAAGCUCUGCUCCCUCGCUCUCUCCCUCUCUCUCUCCUCUCUUUCUCUCUUUUUUCCCUCUCCUACAUUUUCUUGCUGUUGCUAAUUCAUGGUGAGCAAAUGAUGUACGACAAAAUAAAUUGUAAAGAGUGACUGCCUGGAGUUGGGAACCAGAAGGUGUUUUCCCCCUCCCAAGGAGAGAACAAACCUUUAAAAAGGAAGGACAAUUGAUUUCUGGUGGGGGGGAGCUUAAGUGAGCCUUGACUUCGCAGCUGGUUGAGAGCAGGUUGGAGGAGGGUUUAAAGCCAGGUGCGCCCAGUCAGCUCGCCAUGUCCAGAUCCGGGGACAGGACCUCCACCUUCGACCCUAGCCACAGCGACAACCUGCUGCACGGCCUCAACCUGCUGUGGAGGAAGCAGCUGUUUUGCGACGUGACCCUGACGGCCCAGGGCCAGCAGUUCCACUGCCACAAGGCCGUGUUGGCCUCCUGCUCACAGUACUUCCGAUCGCUCUUCUCCAGUCACCCUCCUCUCGGGGGAGGAGGGGUCGGCGGCCAGGACGGCCUGGGGGCCCCCAAGGACCAACAGCAGCAGCCACAGCCACAGCAGCAGCAGCAGCAGCAGCAGCCACAACAGCAGCCUCCGCCGCCGCAGGAGGAGCCCGGGACUCCUUCCUCCUCCCCCGACGACAAGCUGCUGACCAGCCCCCGGACUAUCAACAACCUGGUGCUGCAGGGCUGCUCCUCCAUCGGGCUGCGCCUGGUGCUCGAGUACCUUUACACGGCCAACGUGACCCUGUCCCUGGACACGGUGGAGGAGGUGCUGUCGGUCAGCAAGAUCCUGCACAUCCCGCAGGUCACCAAGCUCUGCGUGCAGUUUCUCAACGACCAGAUCUCGGUGCAGAACUACAAGCAGGUGUGCAAGAUCGCCGCGCUGCACGGCCUGGAGGAGACCAAGAAGCUGGCCAACAAGUACCUGGUGGAGGAUGUGCUGCUGCUUAACUUCGAGGAGAUGCGCGCCCUGCUGGACUCGCUGCCGCCCCCCGUGGAGUCGGAGCUGGCGCUCUUCCAGAUGUCCGUGCUGUGGCUGGAGCACGACCGCGAAACCCGCAUGCAGUACGCGCCCGACCUCAUGAAGCGCCUCCGUUUCGCGCUCAUCCCGGCCCCGGAGCUGGUGGAGCGGGUCCAGUCCGUGGAUUUCAUGCGCACCGACCCGGUCUGCCAGAAGCUACUGCUGGACGCCAUGAAUUACCACCUGAUGCCCUUCAGGCAGCACUGCAGGCAGAGCCUGGCCAGCAGAAUUCGUUCUAACAAGAAAAUGCUGCUGUUGGUUGGAGGGUUGCCUCCUGGACCGGACCGGCUCCCCAGCAAUCUGGUUCAGUAUUACGAUGAUGAAAAGAAGACGUGGAAAAUACUCACAAUUAUGCCAUACAACAGUGCCCACCACUGCGUCGUGGAGGUGGAAAACUUCUUGUUCGUGCUAGGUGGAGAGGACCAAUGGAAUCCAAAUGGAAAACAUAGCACAAAUUUUGUCAGCCGUUAUGACCCUCGAUUCAAUAGCUGGAUACAACUUCCCCCCAUGCAAGAAAGAAGAGCCAGUUUCUAUGCCUGUCGGCUGGAUAAGCAUUUGUACGUUAUUGGCGGAAGGAAUGAAACUGGCUACCUGUCCAGUGUGGAAUGCUACAACCUAGAGACAAACGAAUGGCGUUAUGUGUCCUCCUUGCCACAGCCUCUAGCAGCUCAUGCAGGAGCGGUGCACAAUGGGAAGAUAUACAUUUCAGGGGGUGUGCACAAUGGCGAAUAUGUCCCCUGGCUAUAUUGUUAUGACCCUGUAAUGGACGUCUGGGCUCGAAAACAAGAUAUGAACACGAAACGUGCCAUCCAUACUUUGGCUGUAAUGAAUGACCGCCUGUAUGCAAUUGGAGGAAAUCAUUUGAAAGGUUUCUCCCACCUUGAUGUCAUGCUCGUGGAAUGCUAUGACCCAAAAGGUGACCAGUGGAAUAUUCUCCAAACUCCCAUUUUGGAAGGUCGAAGUGGGCCUGGCUGUGCAGUGCUUGAAGACAGCAUCUUCCUUGUGGGAGGCUACAGCUGGAGUAUGGGAGCCUACAAGUCUUCUACAAUAUGCUACUGUCCAGAGAAAGGAACCUGGACAGAACUUGAAGGUGAUGUAGCCGAACCCCUGGCAGGCCCUGCUUGUGCUACAGUGAUCCUGCCUGCCUGCGUACCAUACAACAAAUAACACUAAGAACUGCUGGAAUGAACAGUGUCACAUUCGAGGAAGCAGUGGCAGGUGAUGCCACCAUCAUCAUAGGAGCAACACAUUCCCGUGGUACAGCCAAAACCCACCCUAGGUUUCUGGUACUUUAUAAGCAUUGACAAAAGAGACCUGUUCUGGACAGACACUGUGUCUGUAACUCAAAUCCUACCAAACUUCCUGUGGUGACAGACUCAUUUCAGACUGGUUUUAACUUGUCCCAGCUUUACAAAAACUCCUCAUAUGGCGGUUAACUUUCCAAAAGAGAAAGAUACAGAAGACUGACCCCCGAAAGACCUAAGAUCUGUAUUGUGCAUUGUAGUCUACCUGCAUGCGAUCUAUGUUGAAGUUUUGGGGAUAUUGUGUUCAUGAAUGAUUCAAAAAUUGGACCCAUCAAAAUCUUCACAUUGCAUUUCAGCAACUGCAACUGGAUUCUGUAUUCCUAACCUCUGACUACUCCAUCCACAGACUCCAUCCAGAACACAGUUAUUGAAAAUCACUCAAGAUUAAAGAAGGGCAUUUUGGUUUCUUUCCAACUUCAUUUCUUAUCACUCUGCCCUUACAGCACCUGACUGAAUCAAAGAAAAGAAACAUGCUGGCUCUUAACAGUAAUUGCUUUCUGCUGUAUAGGUUUCAGGCUAGCCACAAUCAUAAUCCCUGUGUCUUUAACUUUAUCCAAAAGAUUGAAACAAAAUAGACUAUGUCACUUGGUUCACAAAGAACUGUGCUUUCUCAUUUGUUGCAGCUAUAAGUAGUGAACACGUAUUUAUUUGGUUCAAAAAACAGGGCUGAUAAACUCAGUCCCAGAGUACUUCAGCGAUUCUGUUGCGUAACACAUUUGGCCCAAACUUGAUUCAUAAUAAAAAUGGGGUAUAUUGCUUUUGGGGAUUCAGGAAAGAAAAGAAAGAUUAAUUCCUCUUCAUUAUAAUAUCAGGUCUGUGUUCUUAAAACAGAAACCUAAAAAGGGGCACAGGAGCCAAUCACAGCAUGUGAGAAAGUCCUUCUCUUGUUCCCCUUUGGCUGCCUCUGGACACCACUUACCCGCACUAUUCCUUCCACGCAUCUUAAUCUGGUCAAUUAUCACAGAGAUACCUGAACUCAGGUAAUCAACCAACUACUAGUCAGCAGUCCUCAGAAGCAUGAGGAAUACAGCAGUCGAAGAUGAGGAGGGCAUGAGAUGCUCUAAGGGUGACCAAUCAGCUAAGCUAGCAGGAACAUGAAUUUGGUGUUUGAGCUCUUCUUGUAUAUCAACUUUCAGACGUAAAUGAAAAUCUCAAUUAUUUUUUAAUCACGGAAAGAUGUAACAAAUCUCUUGACCAAUACGUCAUACAAAACAACAGAAAGCCACAUAUUCAGAUUGCCUUGGCGAAAAGCUAUCAUAUGGAGCACAUCAUGAUGGAUGAGUAUGUCAGAAUUCAAUGCAUUUCUACAGUAACGUGCAGUCUUCAUUGUUUUUGUAUUUAUUUUAUGUUCAGAUCCAAAAGAUCCGUUGUAAAAAAUAUAUAUAAAUAGAUAUAUCCAGUGCAAUCAACACCUGUUUUUUUUUCUUGAAAACAUGCGCAUAUAAAAAGUCACAGUGCUUUGUGUGAAAAUUCCAGCUGACAUCAUGAAGAGAGCGAGGUCAGCUUCAGAAUCUUUUACUGUCUACUGUCACCAUGGCUUCCAAAAGUCACAGUUUAUAGGAGAAUAUUUGCGUUCCUUACACUUGUCCUUCAUUUUAUUUUCAUUUCUACCCAAAAUAAAUAAAAGUGUUUAUGAGAACUAUAAGCUUUCUGUAUUUCAGAAAGACGCAAACUCCUAGAAAGUGAAAAGUGAAUAAAUAAAUCACAGGAUGUAAAUUUUGUACAAUAUUAGAAUGUGUAAAUGAAGCUUGCUUGGAAGGGGAAAACUUUAAAUAAAAACUUUAUGUAC